GCAAGGUCGCUGCGUCUCACAUACUCGAACUAGACUAGCUAGCUUGCGACCCGUCGCCAACACAAUUAGCUCGACUAACAUGGUCUCUGUCGCUGCGGCGCCGAGCACAUCGGUAUCCGUGGCUCCCAAGAAGGGCACUGCGGAGGCCACUGCAGCUCGCUCCUAUCACGAUGAUAUGAAGUGCGUUUUGUGGACGGCGAGCGACCUUUCAAGCCGCAUAGCUGAGCUUGGCAGGCAAAUUGCUACUGACUACGAGGGCAAGGCCCCGCUGGUGUUGGGGGUGUUGAAAGGCUCGUUCAUGUUCUACUCGGACCUCGUGCGUGCCAUCGAGCCAUGCCCUCGUGGCCUGACGAUGGACUUCAUCCGCGCAUCAAGCUACGGUUCGGGGACAGAGUCGACGGGCGACGUCAAGCUCAAAACGGACCUGAAGAAGGAGAAGGUGGCGGGGCGGCACGUGUUGCUGGUCGAGGAUAUCGUAGAUACAGCGCUGACAAUCACCACCGUCAUCCGCUACCUGGAGGAGGAGUGCGACGUGGCGUCCGUGCGCACCGCCACGCUGCUGGAUAAGCACGAGCGGCGGGCGCUGUCGUACAAGCCUGAGUACGUGGGCUUCACGUGCCCCAACGAGUUCGUGGUGGGCUACGGACUGGACUUCGACGAGGAGUACCGCAGCAUCCCCUACAUCGGCGUGCUGAAGCCCGAGUGCUACGCGCACCUGGGCAUCAAGCCGGAGCCAGCCGAGUCGGGCGAGAGCGGCGACGAGUAAGCGCUGCGCCACGGCGCGUGUGUCCUUGGGUGCGGCUGCAUGACGGCCGGGUGCUCGCUGGCAGUGCUGCCGAAGAUGAGGCGUGAGGCCGGAGAGUGCUCCGAACAGGCAUGCUGUGGUUGGGCCGGCCGGCGGCCCACAAGGCGCUGUGCAGAUGGCACAACGGCGACCGUUGCAUGCUCAGGGUUAGUCGCAUCAGAAUCUUACAUGCCAUACAUGGCAGCUGUCAACCUGGCAUAUUGAGCACAGCGCAAGUGAAGUACGGCAUACCCCGAAGUUGUACAUGCGGUUCGGUGUUUCCGUUUGUCUAUGGCUGCACUUUGGUUUGGUUGCACCUCAAGGGAGAUGAAUGUAUCCUGGCGAGCCUUCAGCCUCUUGACACUUGACGUGCUUCAGCCCACUUGCCCCACGGGGGACAGCCACCUCUCUGGUGCAACCUCGAACUUCACACUUUGUCGUGCAAGCGGGGUGUAUUGGUAUCUGUAGCAUUACGCGGUAGACUGCCGCGAAGUUAGUUGCAUCAAUGGUCUAGCGGACGUCAAUCGGCUCGCAGGAUACGGAGCUGUCAGAGGCCACGCCGUGCAGUCCGGCGGGCGGAGCGGCGACUUAGCAGGUUGACACAGUCACGGGGGUGUACCCACAUCUGGCGGCUUCCAUACGGGCUCUAGUGUUCAGGGGAGCUUUGUGCGUGUAUGCAAUGUUUUACUGGCUCACUAAGCCAUGUGUAUUAUCUUUCUUCUAGCACGGAGCAAGCUCAGGCGGCGUGAACGGUUGCUUGUUUCCAUGUCUGAACUUAGGUCGGUUCGUUAUGCCCAGGUGGCAUUGGCACUUGGACAGAUAGGCGAACGCAAGGGCGACUGUGCGAUCACGUGACAGGGAGUGCACUGAUUACUUGGAUGGUGGGGAGGCGGGCCGGGGGCUGGUGAAGAGUGGUGGCACGAAACGCGUGUGCAUGCAGGACGGCAAGCAGGACGGAGCGUGAAAUGGAUGGCGCAUUGGCAGAUCCGCCCCAUGUGUUUGUCAGGGCUGGCGGCCGCGCUGGUAGCGGGUGGUAACAACAGCGCCCUGUCAGGUUUAAGGAGUGCACGGCACCAGUGAGGAAAGAUGACAUGGACUAUGGACAUGGACUGAUGGGGACCACACAGUUAACGCAACCGCGCAUGCAUGCGCGCGGGCCAGUCUUCGCAGGUCAGGGGCUGUCACGCUGUACUUUACAAACAUGUCUCUGCGCACUUACAGCCACCAGCUGGCUGCCCUAAACGCGAAGGCGGUGAAGGCGUGGCUUCAGGACGCCAGCUGGAAGGGCCGCGCCAACAAGAACAAUCCGCGGUUUUAUGCGGACGUGCCGGCGGACGACAGCGGGCCGCCCACCGCCGCCACCAAGGCCAAGAUAUCGGCGGCUAUGAAGGGCAACACCAACAGGAUGAAGAAACGUUAACCCACACUGUCCCCCUCCUCCUCCUCCGCCAUCCUAUGUUACUUGCUGUGGCGGCAGUGCGUGCACACGGGGGGCGUCAGGCGGAUGCAGCGGCGCGCCCCGUGCAGGCGCAUGCGCCACACAGACUGCGGACUGCGGUGGGCCUGACUGCUGGGUGGUGUUUGAGGCCGCGUUGGAUGUGGGUGCGGUGGGAUUGCUGGGAGCGGGCGGGAGGCAGUAUCUAACAAGGUAGCUGUGGUACCGCAGACUAGCGGAGUGCUGUCGAAAUGCGAACGCGAAUGUGCGCGACACGAAGAGAAGUUGUAGACUACGGUAGGUUUCGGAUACGGUACGGUACACCGGGGAUGGCGGGGCUUCAUGCCGCACGCACAUUUUCUCUUGCGCUGUGGUGCGGAUAGCAGUUCAAUUGACUCCUUGAUGGGGGAGCUUCGGGUGAAGGUGGUGCAAGAGGGGAAGCAAAUGUCCGGUACAUCGUCAAGUA